AUGAUGUUCCCGAGCCUGAUCGCGCCGCCCGCCGUGUACCCGAGCCUCUUGCGCCCGACGCCCACCCUCACGCUGCCGCAGUCGCUGCAGUCCGCCUUCUCCGGCCACUCGAGCUUCCUGGUGGAAGACCUCAUCCGCAUCACCAGGCCGGCCAGUUACCUGCCCCGGAGCGGCGCCCCUCCGCCCAGCAUGUCCCCGCCCAUCUCGGCCGCCAGCGCCGCACGGACCGACACGGCGAGUGCCUCCUCCGAGCUGGGCGCCGCCAGCGCCGCGGGCGCCCGCCGCGGCUGCUCCGCGGAGCCCUCCGUCUCUCCCAGCAACGACGCCACCUUCCUGAAGUUCGGGGUCAACGCCAUCCUGUCGUCGACUCCCAGGACAGAAACUUCCCACGCGCUGAUCCAGAGUGUCCCUCCCAAGACUUUCUCCUUUCCAUACUUCGAGGGAUCCUUCCAACCUUUUAUCAGAUCUUCUUAUUUUCCAGCUUCUUCAGUGGUGCCCAUUCCUGGCACAUUCUCUUGGCCUCUUGCUGCCCGAGGGAAACCCCGCAGAGGAAUGCUCCGCAGAGCAGUCUUCUCAGAUGUGCAACGCAAAGCUCUGGAGAAAAUGUUUCAGAAGCAGAAAUACAUCAGCAAACCGGACAGAAAAAAAUUGGCGGCCAAGCUGGGUCUGAAAGACUCCCAGGUAAAGAUUUGGUUCCAAAAUAGAAGGAUGAAGUGGAGGAAUUCCAAGGAAAGGGAGCUCUUGUCAUCGGGCGGCUGCCGGGAGCAAACCUUGCCCACCAAGUUCAACCCUCACCCAGACCUCAGCGAUGUUGGCAAGAAGGGCUCUGGGGAGGAGGAGGAGGAAGCAGCGUCACCUCACUGCCCCGCCAGCCCCAGGCAUCCCUUGAGCUAUCACCAGUCCACUGAGCGCUCACACCUGAGAGACAGGUUGGACUCCCCGAUGCUCCCUUCCCCCACCCAUUCCAGCAGCCCCAGCAAACCCUCAGACUUCUCGGACUCAGAGGAAGAGGAUGAGGAGGGCGAAGACGAAGAAGAGAUCACGGUGUCAUAG